CUCUAAAACCCUAAUUUAUGUCUUUUGUGUUGUUGAAAUUUUUUGGAGUUUUGAACAAGUUCAGGAAUCAUACUGUCGAAGCUAACCCCUUGAGAUCACGACUGAGCAAAGCAUGAGUUCCCAAGAUAGUAGCUCACAACCAAUUAGCCGUACAAGGUCCCAAUCGAGAAGAAAUACUUUGCUAAAUGUGGAUCUAAAUGCUGCACCGCCAACUGAGAACAGAGAUCAGGAAGGAGAUCCUAUUCAUGUUGUGCCUGGGGAUACACCACAAGGACUAAGAGGUGCCUCUUUGACAGCUGGAGCAAUUGAUGUUGAGUCACUUGAUGAUGAUGUGAUUAUAUCAUCCCCUAGGGCGUUUGCAGCAGCUAAGAACAACUCCAGAAGGAAUCAAGGACGGGUUAUUGUGCUUGAUGUGGAUUCUGAGGACCGUGCGUCUAGGGGUAACAGUCGCGAUAGGCGUAGAAGAGUCUCUACAAAUCAAGCAACAAACAAUGGUGAUAUUCACAUAGACCUAGAUGGACACAGCUGCCCAAAGAGAGUUGAUCUAAGAAGUGCAAUACCAGCACCACCAAAAGAGCCUACAUUCAGCUGUCCAGUGUGCAUGGGUCCAUUAGUUGAGGAGAUGUCAACUAAAUGUGGUCACAUUUUCUGCAAGGCAUGCAUAAAAGCAUCCAUUGCUGCUCAGGGAAAAUGUCCUACGUGUAGGAGGAAACUGGCCAUGAAAGACACCAUAAGAGUAUAUCUUCCCACCACAAAUUAAGUCCAAGGAUUUUGCUAUCAUUUACAUGACCUCUGGAUGAAGUGUAUGACUAUGUGAGUGGAAGGGAAAGUAUGACUGGAAAUAUUUUUAUUCAGUUAAGCUUUAGGUCAGAAUCAUUGAUGGUACUCUUCUAGUAUGUGCCUUUAAAAGAUUGGUGUAAUUAGUAAAUGGAUUUAAGUUACAUGCAUUGACAACUUUUGUGAUAUCAUUUGUGUAAUAUACCUUGAAAGUCUAUGAACCAUUCAGCAAGCUCCUGCCUA